CCAGUAUAAUUUGCUAUAAUAUAGUACACUUUCAAAUGGUGUACACCUAACUUCAAAGCUGAACGAUUUGUAAACGGUGUUGCUGUAUUUCUUGGCGGCCAUUGACAUGAGAUGUGACAGUCUUCACUGCCUCAUGAUCAUAUUUUAAUGCAGCACAUAGCAUAACAUAGUCCUUUUUCUGCAAAUCCUGUACAUUUUACAAUAAUACCAAGAAAUGUGUAAACAAUGCUGCUGUAUUUUUGAAAUGUUGUCCUGGCAACCAUUGACUUCUGUUAAUGUCUAUACAGUGUAGAAAUCAGUUGAAAAACGGAAAAUGCCUCAAAAUCGAAAAAAAAAUCCAUCCUGGCAGCCACUGAUUUCUAUUCAUUUCCAUACAGUACAAAAUCAGUUGACAAACUAAAAAUGCAUCACAGUUGAAAUUGAGACUAGUAAAAACAUUUACAUUAUUACUGAGUGGUCAUUUACUUUAACUGAAGACUGCACUGCAUCAAAAGUGUAUAAAAUCAAACAAAAAAUUAACAAACUUUUCUUUUGAACUAUGAUGGAUUACAGCUCAAGCAAACAACAGUUUAACCAAUUUUCAUAUGCUAGAGAAAUGAAUGGAAAACUAUGGCUUCCCCGAGCAUUAGGAAAAACGCCAGAAUGGCACUUUAUGUUUUCUUGUAUAAAACAAAUAGUUGAAGAAUCACACAACUAGACAUUAUAAAGGCUUAAAACAUUUACCUUUUCCCCGCGUGUAGUCAAAUAGCAUUUUUCACUUGAUGCAAAAGCUACAAAUCGAUAAUAAACAAAUGUAUCUAUGAAGCUGUUGUGGUUUUGAGAGGCUCUAACAUAUAUCUAUGUAAGGGACUGACAAUGACAAUCAAAUGUAUGCAAACAAAUCCUUGAGAUUUCAGUCGAGCUGUUUUUACCAUCUCGGGGCCUAAAUCCUGUUUCAGAUGCUUUUCCGUGUCGACAAGUAAAAAAUUCAAAGGGAGGCAAUGAACAAUGGGAUUUCUCGCUGUGAAUAUAUGCAUAACGUAUGAUAUUGAGAGCGCUGCAACAUAUAGAAGCGUCUGCUCGGCUCUCUAAAUGAGCACUGUGUGCCCUCGAGAACAUGAUUGUGCGAAUAUGAUUGUGUUCCUUUUGUGCACGGUUAAGGCUGAGGGUCAAAUUUCUGUUGCCAUUUUCCUUCAAGCGUGUUUGGGUUUGAUGCAGUUAUGUAGCAACACUGUAGGCUACAUAUAAUAUUGUACAUGAAACAGCCAGAUGUCUCAGGUAGCAUGACUCCGUUAUAUGUACCCCCUUGUUAAACAUAGUCAGACGCUUCUCAUAGAAGGUGGAUUUUUUUCUUCUUUACCACCUUCUGCGUUUACUAACCUACUUUAUUCCUGAAGUCUGUGCACUCGCCCAAUUAAAACAAGUCGAAGUCGGCCUCAUUAUUUGCCGCUGUUGUUACAAACUUCUAAUUAUCCAGGUGAAAAAACUGCUGCCCACAAUACCAAAAAAUCCAGCAGGAAAAGAGAAUUAGUAUGCUAUUUAUAUGAGCUGCUUUCAGUAGCAUGCUUUCUUAGUAAUGACUGGCCUUGGACUUUUUUGCACUCCUGAUUAAACAGCAGGGGAUCCUGAUAUAAACAACAACAACAAAACAAGCAAGAAAAAAACAACAAAAAAAGGGCUUCUAGGUUUGUCUAAGUCUAGAAAACUUGGAGAAACACACAGCAGAUGUUUGUUUGUGCUUUAAAUCUGAGCACACACACACACACACACACACACACACACACACACACACACACACACACACACACACACACACACACACACACACACACACACACACACCAGAUAUAAGGGGGUUUAACGUUAGCCUCAAUGCGGGCUGUCACAAUUAGCAUCAGGAGUCCAGUCCGCUCCCUGGCAGGCGAUCCGCUCCAGGUUUUGCGCGCCGCCCCUCCACGGCCAGCUGCUGCAGAGCAGGGGACCGGUGCGCCGUCUCUCCUUCGCCUUGUUCGCCUCCAGUCCGGUUGUAGCUCCGACUGUCUGCGCGGCGUGUGGAUGAGGCGCAGGGGGAACAACCGGGAGCGCACCGAAAGCCAGACUCGAGAAGUCGCACCACCCCUCUCCGGGCUGUAUCUGUGAACCAGGGUCCCCCACCAAGCCGGAGACGUCUCAGACAAGACUUGACAGUGUGGAAGACGUGCUCGGAGUUUCAUUUCGUGGCGAGACCGACGGGCGCAUCUCGUCUCCUUGAAGUGCUCUUUUUUUUUUUUUUUUUUUUUUUUUCCGGUUUUGUAUUUUUUUUUUUUUUUUUUUUUUUUUUAAUGCAGUCAAGCCGUAGCGCUCCAGUCGGAAGGAGCCAGGGUGCACGCACUAGUGGAGGACGAGGAGGCGGAGGUGGCGGAGGAAGAAGAGGGGGCAAGUAACGAUCAUUACUUUUGAACAGAACAGAACCAUUCCCACCACCCCCACCAACCCACCCCACUCGCCAUGGAGCUAUCCGUCCGGUCCGGGCCGUAUCGGCUUGAACAGAAACCUGCCACUGGAAACACCAGCGCCGUGUGUCCGCUGUGAAGAAGAAGAAAGUGGAGCAUGCAGCCGAGCACCCGCCGUCUUUGUGCGACCCGCCGCUUAGUUUCUGGGGGCCUCUUCUGAAAAACGGAGAAGGAGAAGAGAGGAAAGGGGGCUCCUGGUGUUCAUCUGAAAUUCACACUCCAUGCCGGGAUCCAUAUUUUGGCACGGCGUACCCACUAUGAGAAGAUGACUGGUGAUGCUUCUCUGCGAACCACUGAUCGUUGACAUCGCUCCAGCAUUCCGCUCUCCUGCUGCAACGCACUGAAUCACUAUUAUUAGCCACCAGGCUCCUGGAUUGUUUUGCAUACAACACACAAUGGCCUCUGCACUGUGGAGGUGUCCAGUGUUUCGCUGCCUCCUGCUCCUUCUCUUCUGCGCACAGACUUCAGAAGGGUUCAGCCGCGCGGCCUUGCCUUUCGGGCUGGUCAGGAGAGAGCUCUCAUGCGAAGGAUAUGCAAUUGAUCUCCGCUGCCCGGGGAGUGAUGUCAUUAUGAUCGAGACGGCCAACUAUGGCCGGACCGACGACAAGAUCUGUGACGCUGACCCGUUCCAGAUGGAGAACGUCAACUGCUACCUCCCCGAUGCCUACAAGAUUAUAUCACAAAGGUGCAACAACCGUACGCAGUGUGUGGUUGUCACUGGCUCUGAUGUCUUUCCCGACCCAUGCCCUGGCACCUACAAGUACUUAGAGGUCCAGUAUGAGUGUGUUCCCUAUAAAGUGGAGCAAAAAGUAUUCAUUUGUCCCGGGACUCUGAAGGGCGUAGGAGACGCCACCUUCCUGUUUGAGGCAGAGCAGCAAGCAGGCUCAUGGUGCAAAGACCCGCUGCAGGCCGGUGACAAAGUCUUCUUCAUGCCCUGGACGCCAUACCGAACAGACACCCUCAUCGAGUACGCCUCUCUGGAGGACUUCAAAAAUGGACGCCAGACGACCACUUAUAAACUGCCACACCGCGUUGACGGGACAGGCUUCGUAGCCUAUGAUGGUGCUAUCUUCUUUAAUAAGGAACGCACUCGCAACAUUGUCAAGUUUGACCUGCGCACUCGCAUCAAAAGCGGCGAGGCCAUUGUCAAUAAUGCCAAUUAUCACGAUACCUCACCUUAUCGCUGGGGCGGCAAGACGGACAUCGACCUGGCGGUAGAUGAGAGGGGUUUGUGGGUGAUCUACGCCACGGAGCAGAACAAUGGGCGCAUUGUGGUCAGCCAGCUCAACCCGUACACACUCCGCUUUGAGGCCACAUGGGAGACGGCGUAUGACAAGCGGUCCGCCUCCAACGCCUUCAUGGUGUGCGGUGUGCUACACGUGGUGCGCUCGACCUACGAAGAGAACGAGAGCGAGGCCAGCAGGAGCCAAAUUGAUUACAUCUAUAAUACCAAGCUGAGCCAGGGCGAGUACACCGACAUCCUCUUCCCCAACCAGUACCAGUACAUCACCGCUGUGGAUUACAACCCCAGGGACAACCAGCUGUACGUGUGGAAUAACUUUUACAUCCUGCGGUACGACCUGGACUUCGGGCCGCCCGAUCCUGCAGAAGUGCCAACCAUUGAAGAUUUCUCCGUCUCCCCAUCCAUGCCCAAGACCACCUCAGUUGUCACCACCACCACUGCAUCCGCUGUGAAGGGGCAGGGUGACACAGUCACAAUUGGAGGAGCCGAUCCAAGAGAGGGGAGAGACCCGUUUGAGGACAGUCGCAGCCCCGGCACAGCGGAGCCCACCGUCCCUGAGCUGCCACCAACACCCAGACGCUUCUGUGAGGCGACCAGGAGGAGAGCCAUCGACUGGCCCCAGACCCACACUGGUAGCACUGUGGAGAGGCCCUGCCCCAAAGGGACCAGAGGCAUCGCCUCCUUCCUCUGCACCGUGGCAGGGACCUGGUGCUCCAAAGGCCCGGACCUCAGCAACUGCACCUCCCACUGGGUGACUCAAGUGGCACAGAAGAUUCGAAGUGGCGAAAACGCUGCUAAUUUAGCCAAUGAGCUGGCACGCCACACACAGGGCCCGGUGUUUGCCGGAGAUGUCAGCUCCUCGGUGCGCCUGAUGGAGCAGCUCGUGGAUAUCCUGGAUGCUCAGCUGCAGGAGCUCAGGCCCAGCGAGAAAGACUCAGCUGGACGCAGCUUCAACAAGCUUCAAAAAAGAGAGAAGACAUGCAGGGCGUACAUGAAGGCAAUCGUGGACACUGUUGACAACCUCCUGAGGCCGGAAGCUCUGAAAUCCUGGAAAGACAUGAAUUCAACAGAACAAAGUCACGCUGCCACAAUGCUGCUGGACACACUUGAGGAAGGAGCGUUUGUCCUUGCAGAAAACCUGAUCGAGCCGGCGAUCGUAAAAGUGCCUGCUGAGAAUAUCAUGCUGGAUGUGUAUGUGUUGAGCACCGAUGGUCAGGUGCAAGACUUCAGGUUUCCUCAGACGAGCAAGGGUGGAGCAACCCUUCAGCUUUCCUCCAACACGGUCAAAGUCAACAGCAAAAACGGUGUGGCCAAGCUGGUCUUUGUGCUCUACAAACACCUGGGUCAGUUCCUCAGCACUGAGAACGCUACGCUGAGGGGAAUGGGCGACCUGAACAAACGCAACCUCUCCCUCACCGUCAACUCCCACAUCCUGUCAGCCUCUAUAACCAAGGAGUCCAGUCGUGUGUUUGUGGCCGACCCUGUGAUCUUCACACUGGAGCACCUGGAUAAGGAGCACUACUACAAUCCCAACUGUUCCUUCUGGAAUUACUCAGAGCGCAGCAUGAUGGGAUACUGGUCUACUCAGGGCUGCAAACUUCUGGAAACCAACAAGAGCCACACCACUUGCUCCUGCAGUCACUUGACCAACUUCGCCAUCCUCAUGGCUCAUCGGGGAAAUGUGGGCGACGGCAGCGUCCACGAGCUCCUCCUCACCGUCAUCACACGGAUGGGCAUCGCCGUGUCCCUCGUCUGCCUCGCCAUCAGCCUCUUCACCUUCUGCUUCUUCAGAGGUCUGCAAAGUGACCGCAACACCAUCCACAAAAACCUCUGCCUCAACCUCUUCAUCGGCGAGCUCGUCUACCUCGUGGGCAUCAACAUGACGGAACCAAAGCUGGUGUGCUCCAUCAUCGCCGGCAUCCUCCACUUCUGCUUCCUGGCUGCGUUCGCCUGGAUGUGUCUGGAGGGUGUGCAGCUGUACCUCAUGCUGGUCGAGGUGUUUGAGAGCGAGUUCUCCCGCAGGAAGUACUACUACAUCUCCGGGUACCUCAUCCCAGCUGUGGUGGUGGGCAUCUCGGCAGCCAUCGACUACAGGAGCUACGGCACACACAGAGCAUGCUGGCUGAGGGUUGAUAACCAUUUCAUCUGGAGCUUUAUCGGGCCCGUAACCUUCAUAAUCCUGGUCAAUGUCAUCUUCCUGGUGGUGACGAUGUUCAAGAUGGUGAAGCACUCCACCUCCAUGAAACCUGACUCAUCCAGGCUGGGGGGUAUCAGGUCAUGGGUGUUGGGAGCGUUCGCCCUCCUCUGUCUGCUGGGGCUCACGUGGUCCUUUGGCUUGUUCUUCCUCAAUGAAUCCUCCAUUGUGAUGGCAUACCUCUUCACUAUCUUCAACACCCUGCAAGGGAUGUUCAUCUUCAUUUUCCACUGUCUGCUGCAGAAAAAGGUCCGCAAAGAGUACAGCAAAUGUUUCCGUCAGUCCCAGUGCUGCGGUGCGCUGCCGCCGGAGGGUCCCCACAGUUCAGCCAAGACAGCAACAUCUCGAUCCACAGCCCGCUACUCGUCCGCAACACAGAGCCGCAUAAGGCGGAUGUGGAACGACACUGUGAGGAAGCAGUCGGAGUCCUCCUUCAUCUCGGGAGACAUAAACAGCACCUCCACACUCAACCAGGGGAUGACUGGCAACUACCUCCUAACUAACCCUCUCCUCCGAACCCACGACACUAACCCUUAUAACAACCUGCUGGCAGAAACUGUGGUGUGCAACACCCCCUCUCCACCGGCCUUUCACUCCCCAGCACUCUCUGAGCAACAGCAGGGACAUCAGCGCCAUGGACACCCUCCCCCUCAAUGGCAAUUUCAACAACAGCUACUCCCUGCGCGACGACGACUAUGAGUCCGUGGGCGUCAGAGCCCCGGGUGAGCUGGGGGGCCUCAACCUGGACGAUGCCGCCUUUGAGAAGAUGAUCAUAUCUGAGAUUGUCCACAACAACCUGAGGCCCCGCGUGGCCCCCAAAGGUCGCGACGCCCAGAGGGAGCGGGACAG